AACUAUAAAUCCCAGAGAUAACAGGUGCAAUUCUGACUGCACUGAUUGUUCCUCUUGAAAUGAGUCCUUCUCUGUUCAUGCACAUUCAGCAAAAUGCACUUUUUUUUUACAGGAUCAACAAAUUUACUAUCCUGCGCUAUCUUGAUAUUGCAGAAGACCCUACUUUUGUGCCAGUGGUUGCUGAGGAAGGAAAAUGUGACCAUUCAAAGUCCAGCAAUGUCUCAGAGAUUCUCCAUAAGAUGAUUGAUAAGAGCUCACAUUCUGCUAGCCCUGCUUUCCAUUUCAAAGGGAUCCAAGAUUAUUUGAACUGCUAUCAAUCUGGAGAAGUGACACCCCUUCAAGUUGCCAAGAAUAUUCUUGCUGUAUUGGAAGAUAGUGAGAGACUGAGUCCUCAACUGCGAGCAAUUUCUCAGUGGGACCGGGAGGAAAUAAUCAAGAUGGCUGAGUCGUCUACCGCUCGCUAUAGAGGCAAGACACCACUCUCUCUCUUGGAUGGAAUCCCAGUGUGCUUGAAGGAGGAGAUCAAAGUGGCUCCCUAUUAUCACCGAAGUGGAACAGCAUACCUGGGUGCAAAGCCAGAAACUGAAGAUGCCACUGUGACCAGAAAACUACGAGAGGCUGGUGCCAUUAUUAUUGGUGCCUCAAACAUGCAUGAAUUGGGUAUUGGAACCACAGGCUGUAAUCCCAACAGAUAUCAUGGUACAGCCAGAAAUCCUUACAACCCCCAGCAUUUCACAGGUGGCAGUUCCAGUGGGUCAGCAGCGGCUGUGGCUUCAGGCCUUUGCCCAUUGGCUCUUGGUACAGAUGGGGGAGGUUCGGUGAGGAUCCCUGCUUCUUUCUGUGGCAUUGUGGGACUGAAAGGUACAUUUGGACGUAUCAGUGCAUAUGGCAGUCAUCCUCUCUCAUAUUCUACUGUGAGCCUUGGUCCUCUUUGUACUUCAGUGGCAGAUGCAGCUGUUGCAUAUUCUAUUAUAGCUGGGCCAGAUCCUCUCUACCCAUAUGGACUCUGCCAGCCCAAGCCAUGCUUCUCUGAAAUCCUCACUCCUGAUCUGAAGGGUUUGAAGUUGGGGAUUGACUGGACUUUCUUUAAGGCUUGUGAUGAUGAAAUUCUAGCUAUCUGCCAAAAAGCUGUGAAGUUCCUUGAGGGCUUCGGUGCCUCAGUAAUUGACGUGUCCCUACCAGAGGUGGAGGAGAUGCAAGUGGCUCAUGUAAUCUGCAUCCUUAGUGAGAUGAGGGAUUUUCUGCAGCCUGACUUCAACAAUCAUUUUGAGCAAAUGAAUUUGGAGACUCGUCUGAACCUUGCAAUUGCAUCUCAGUUGACAGCUAUGGAUUACAUUAAGGCAAACCGUCAGCGAACCCGCACCAUGGCUGUUCUACGGGAGACUUUUGCAAACGUGAAUUGUCUCAUCACUCCAGGUACUGCAUGUUGUGCCCCCAGAAUUGAGAGCUCAGAUCUCCUAACUGGAUGUAGCGAUGUCCGGACAACUCUCCAGACCAUGAGGUACAUGCAGCUGGCCAACUUGACAGGCAUUCCAGCACUAGUAGUGCCGGUUGGAUAUACUGUUUCAGGGCUUCCCAUCAGCCUUCAGAUUAUGGCAAAAUGGUGGGAUGAAGCACUGCUGUUCCGGAUUGGCCUGAAGCUGGAACAGUUUCAUAAAACAAAGGCAAAACCAGUUCUUUAUUAUGACAUUCUUGGGUAACAAGGCCGGCUACAGGAUUGCAGGCUUCACAUAGUCCAAACUAAAUGAUUGUUCUUAUAGUCUGAGUGUCUUAAGCAGGAAACCUUUAUGGACACUGCAUAUAUGAAGGAAUUUAUUAAGGAAAGUGGCUAUAUUUUGACUGUUUAUAGAUUUUAUAUCAUACAUCUUGAUACAUAUUGCAAUAAGCCAAAUUCUGCACAAACUUUUCUGUAGCAAAGAGAAUCUUUGUCCACUUCCCUUAUUUCUGUUAUGUGGUACUGAACUGUUGACUUUCAUGUUCAAAAGAAUAGUCUUCACAGUCCUUUAGUGCUGUCACUACUUAAUUUCUUGUGCAAAACACAAGAUAGGGCUGACAUGCAGGCAGUUUUAAAGGAAAAUCCACUUUGGGAAAGUCCUAAUAUAAUAUAGUUCCUUGGUUUCAGUACUGUUAAAGAGUUGCCCCUCUGUUCCAAAUAAUUCAUCCAAAUUGUAACAUCUUAUGCCAAAGAAGAAAAAUGAAUUAAGUCUAACUCCAACAUAGAAUUCUGUACACUGCUUCAUUUGUUCUCAAGAUACUAGGCUACAGCAUGUCUCUGUGCAGAAAACAGUUUCUAAAUGAUAUAGGAUUGUAUGUAUGAAGUAGGUUUCCAGGUUUGGCUACCUGCUCACACUGAGGAACAUAGAUUGAAAAUAUCUACUUGGAAUACUCUUCUCCUUACAAGCUGGAGGCAAUGAAGAAUUCUGAAUUUAAAGCUGCAGAAACAUGGCUGGAAGAAUGUACAAGGAAAGCCUGUUUGCAAACACCUUUUUGCUGUUGUUUUCAGAAGUGGAAAGGUUAAUUAAUAUUAAUAUUUUUACCCUGUGUAAGAGAACUCAGGUUCUCACUUAGGAACUGUUUCUUAAAAUGAAAAAUGAAAUGAGGUAAAUGAAAUUAUGCUAGUUUAGUGAAUAAAGCAUUAGCUUUCUCAUAA